AUGAGGAAUUCCUCCCAGCGAAUCACCCUCAAUGUCGCCCGCCUCUUUCACACCUCAGUCGCCGGGCCACGGUUGAGGCCUCAUCGACAAUUCCAUCUCACCUCUUUGGCUAGCUUCCCUCGAAAGCGAAGCUUCUUCACCUCGAAUCCCUACCUGUCUCAAGUCGACGACGGUUCCCGUUCCGCUUCUGAGAUCUCCAAGGAAGAGAAAGGUCCUGCUUCUUCAAAGAGGAAGCCAACUCGAUCGAAUACGGCCAAGAAUUCAUUACGUCGAGUUGCCAUCAUUGCCCAGCAGCCCAAACGAGGCGCAACAGCACCAGGAAGUCCCAGCGAUGAACCCUCCAAUGUAGUCAGCGCGACCUGCGUCGCAGAAUCAUUCAAGAUGCCUGUAGUUCUCGAGAUUCUCUCAUCGCAUGGUUUUGACAUUGACCCGGAUGGCACGGGAUUCGACGCAAACGAGGUGGUCCAUGCUAGAGGUGUAAAUGGUGGAGACAUCUUUGUCUUUCCGUCUGGCACAAUCGUAACAUGGUCGCUGCCUCCAGAUGUCGUUACCAGGCAGAUCAUGCGUGCUGCCGAAGAAGCGCACUCCAUUGAAAGUCGGGAGUUUGAGGAUCUCGAAUUCACAACCGAUACAAACCGAGAAGCAAGUGUGCUUAAGGGCGAUGUUAUCGUUCUGGGUACUCGCAAGGAGCACAAGGAGGCUGACAAGCUAGAUACUACUCUAGCAAAGGUGGCUUUCUCGUCGGGUCUGGCUCGAAGCACAAAACUUGCUGUUCUCGAAACGGCUUUGACGUCGUACUUUGAAAGCACACGCAACAUCCCCGCACUACUUUCACAAGGUGCUGGUGUACCUCUCGGUCGAAAGUUCAUCCUACAAAAAACAGGCGAACUCCUCAGUCUGCGUGCUCGUCUCAACCAUUACUCUGAGCUCACCGACUCAUUACCAGAUAUCUUCUGGGACACCAGCUCCGAUCUUGGUCUAGAAGGUUACUACGAACAAGUUGGUCGUGCACUCGAUGUAAAUGUGCGUAUCCGCGCAUUGAACCAGAAGAUGGACUACGCCGCCGAAAUUGCGAGUGUUCUGCGCGAGAUGUCCAGUGAGCAACAUGGCACUCGCCUAGAAUGGAUCAUCAUCGUGCUCAUUGCCGUCGAGGUGAUCUUUGAGUUACGUCGCAUUGUCCUUGAGAUGCUCCAGGAACGACAAGAACGGAAGCUUGCGGCUGAACUGGCAAAGCCUACAGUGCCACCACCAGCAUAG